GAAUUUUGAAAACUGUGUGUUAUACCUAGCGAAUUUCAAGCGACUUAUUUAAAAUACUUGAGAUAUAUUGGAUUAUUACAUAUCAUUUAUAUUUAAUUGAUAUAAUCUGAUGAUGAAGCGUUCAAGUCCUGAACAACCUCCAACUUCUGCUGGAGCUUCUGGUUCAGCUUCUGGAUCAGCUGCUGCUGGACCUUCGGGUUCAGCUUCUGGCUCAGGCCCUCCAAGAAAGAAAAUGAAGACGCAUGGCCAGGAAACACCUGAACAAGUCAGGAAAGAGAGAGAAGAGAGAGAGAGAGCAGAGAGAAGAAGGACGACUCAAGUGGCCUAUGCUCAGGAAGAAAGACGAAGAGCAAGGGAGUUUCAACAGCAAAGGGAUCGGGAAGAGAAAAAGAAGAGGAACGAAGAGAAGAGGAGAAUAUUUACCGAGGCUAGCACGCUGGCUACCUCCCUUGCCAAUGAGUCAAUGGUUCAGCUGGCGUCAAGAUUUGUUGACAGGAUAUCGCAGGGCUUAUCUUUUAAUGAAGCCCGAAGUCAGCUGGACGCGGACAUCCAGGAGAGAAGUGGGGAACUGCAAAGAUCCAUACUGGAAUCAUUAAACAGGUCAUUUCCCAUUGAAGAAGAGAAAGAAAUAGUACAGCAUUCAAGUCCACCACCCCCUCUUUCUCCGCCACCCCCUCAACCGCAGACACCACCCCCAGUUGCAGUUGCUGUGCCACCAGUUGCAGUGCCACCAGUUGCAGUUGCAGUGCCACCAGUUGCAGUUGCAGUGCCACCAGUUGCAGUUGCCGUGCCACCAGUUGCAGUUGCCGUGCCACCAGUUGCAGUUGCAGUGCCACCAGCUGCAGCGUCAUCAGUUCCUCCAGCUGUGCCUCAACAGCCUCAGCCACCUGGUGCGCAACGAAGGAGAAGAGGUAAUCCUGGAAGAAGGGGUACUGAGUUACAGCUCCUACUAGACGCAGGCAAAAACUACUUGGGAGUAAAUCAACCCCCCCUCAGUAGACUUAGAAGUAGGCCAAGACCAGCGUCAUCCCAAUCCAAAGACCAGCGUCAUCCCAAUCCAAAGACCAGCGUCAUCCCAAUCCAAAGACCAGCGUCAUCCCAAUCCAAAGACCAGCGUCAUCCCAAUCCAAAGACCAGCGUCAUCCCAAUCCAAAGACCAGCGUCAUCCCAAUCCAAAGACCAGCGUCAUCCCAAUCCAAAGACCAGCGUCAUCCCAAUCCAAAGACCAGCGUCAUCCCAAUCCAAAGACCAGCGUCAUCCCAAUCCAAAGACCAGCGUCAUCCCAAUCCAAAGACCAGCGUCAUCCCAAUCCAAAGACCAGCGUCAUCCCAAUCCAAAGACCAGCGUCAUCCCAAUCCAAAGACCAGCGUCAUCCCAAUCCAAAGACCAGCGUCAUCCCAAUCCAAAGACCAGCGUCAUCCCAAUCCAAAGACCAGCGUCAUCCCAAUCCAAAGACCAGCGUCAUCCCAAUCCAAAGACCAGCGUCAUCCCAAUCCAAAGACCAGCGUCAUCCCAAUCCAAAGACCAGCGUCAUCCCAAUCCAAAGACCAGCGUCAUCCCAAUCCAAAGACCAGCGUCAUCCCAAUCCAAAGACCAGCGUCAUCCCAAUCCAAAGACCAGCGUCAUCCCAAUCCAAAGACCAGCGUCAUCCCAAUCCAAAGACCAGCGUCAUCCCGAUCCCAAGACCAGCGUCAUCCCGAUCCCAAGACCAGCGUCAUCCCAAUCCAAAGACCAGCGUCAUCCCAAUCCAAAGAGACCAGCGUCAUCCCAAUCCAAAGAGACCAGCGUCAUCCCAAUCCAAAGAGACCAGCGUCAUCCCAAUCCAAAGAGACCAGCGUCAUCCCAAUCCAAAGAGACCAGCGUCAUCCCAAUCCAAAGAGACCAGCGUCAUCCCAAUCCAAAGAGACCAGCGUCAUCCCAAUCCAAAGAGACCAGCGUCAUCCCAAUCCAAAGAGACCAGCGUCAUCCCAAUCCAAAGAGACCAGCGUCAUCCCAAUCCAAAGAGACCAGCGUCAUCCCAAUCCAAAGAGACCAGCGUCAUCCCAAUCCAAAGAGACCAGCGUCAUCCCAAUCCAAAGAGACCAGCGUCAUCCCAAUCCAAAGAGACCAGCGUCAUCCCAAUCCAAAGAGACCAGCGUCAUCCCAAUCCAAAGAGACCAGCGUCAUCCCAAUCCAAAGAGACCAGCGUCAUCCCAAUCCAAAGAGACCAGCGUCAUCCCAAUCCAAAGAGACCAGCGUCAUCCCAAUCCAAAGACCAUGCGUCAUCCCAAUCCAAAGACCCUGCUACUUCUAAGUAACUCAACAGCUGUAAAACAUCUUGAAACACAUUUGAAACCAACUGCUCUUGAAUUGUUGAAAAUGCUUUGAGAAACGGAGAAUGAUGAUCUGACGAAUGGGAAGCAACUGUUCGCACCCAGUAAUUAGUUCCUAUUGGUGCGGAAAUAAAUCAGCAUUUGAAAAGCUUGAGGGGCUGAAAAGCUGAGAAAAGAUGGAGAAGAUGAGGAUGUGACUUCUUACAACCUGGAUUCUGCCUAUUCUUCGCUGAUGUUAAGCUUUUGCUGUUCAGAUAUGUAAAUUUUAAAUUUAUUCACAACUGUCUAUAAUGAUGCUACAUGGUUAUGCUAAAUAUUAUGCUACAUGGUAUAUUGUAUAAAUCUAAAUAUAUGUAAGAAAUUGAUUGUCUUAAAAGCUGAUUGAAUGUAGGACUCUCCCCCUCCUUCUUUUAGUACUGAUUUUUACAGGCUAAGGGAAGCAGAUUCGCAAUAUUAUUCCAUCUAAAACAGGACUCCGAUCACUUCGUUAACAACACUUCUCAGAAACCUACUCAGAUCACGAAUGUUUUCCCGUUACUGCAAGGAAUUCAUAUGCAAUUUUUUGUAGCGAGCUAUCUGUGCUGGAUUAAAUUAUGUGUGGAAACGUACAAAGCGUUUUAGAUGGAUUAGUUAUAGAAGAAAUUUUGGAAAACUUGACAAUAGAGGAACAGCUUCCCCUGAGAAGGAAUAAACUAAAGGACUUGCUAUGAAACCUAAAUGAGAUAACACCCAGAGGACUAUCAGAAAGUAUGUCGAAGAUUACAAUCACGACCACUAUUCAUGCAGACUCCCCAAUGAGAGGCACAUGCGGACUGCUUUUAAAGAUAUUCUAAUUUAUAAUGGAAAAUAAAAUUUACUAAGUAAUCUGGCCAUAGAAGGAUUUCCGGUAGAAGAGGUUAAACAAAUGAGAAGGUUCAGAGGAGAGACUAAAAAGUUGAAUCUAUUCCUCGUAUCACUAUGCAGAGAGGAUAAUUUCAAGGAAAUUUACGACGUAACACAUGUUGAUGGAUUAAAAGUCAGAGUAGAAGCCUGUAAGACCCGAACUAGACAGGCACAACGCCAUCAGUGCCAGGGGGUCUUUACCAUUCGGCUGCGAUGUGCCCAAAAUGUGGAGAAACAGACCGCCAAUUGAACUAAAACGCAGGAUGAGAAACCUCUGUAUUGCAACUGCGGUUCAGAACACCCGGCCAGUCAUAGAGGAUGUCCUAAAUUUCCGAUGGGACCAAGACAAAGGUCUAGAAGGAACAAUACACAGGAAAAGGUUUUUGAAAGGCGAUGCUGUUAAAAAACAAGUGAAUUCGGACUUGCAAAAAAACCGUAGAUGUCUCUUACAAAUUAAAUGAAAUAGUAAGUGUCCUCAACGGUCUAAAAGCAAUUCCACUGCACAGAAGAGAAGUUGAAAGAAUCUAACAAGGGGAAAUAAAUAAGAAAAAUCAUGAAUAAUAAGGGAUUAAGAACUAUGUUAUUGAACGCGGCUGGAAGAAAUAAUAAAUUUACUGAGUUCAGUAAUUUCAUCAUAGAAAAUAAAAUUGAUAUAGCAUUAGUAACAGAAACACAUACUAAUGCUUCAAACAGACUAUCACUAGCAAAUUAUCUCACGACUUAUGGAACUAUGCGUAGAAGUGGAGCUAUAUUUGUUAAAAAGAGUUCAAGUACAGUUCUGUGUAGCAGUAACAACGGAAAAAAUUAUGAAGAAACUUCUGUACUUUUUAAUAAUAAUGAUAAGAUUGCCCACAAAUUUACUGCAAUGUACAUGCUGGUAAAAUUAUAAGCAAAGAUACCAUUUAUUCACUGUUUCUUUCCAACACAAAGAGCAUUAUUGGAGAUGAUUUUAAUGCGAAAAAUACAUCCUGGGUAUGUAGAGUGAAUAAUAAAAAUGGAAAAAAGCUCUAUUGCGGAGAGGAAUCUCACAAUCACAGCAUAUAAAGACUUUCCGUUCGUAGCAAAUAAGAGGCUUAGUCUGCUGUAUUUUUAUCAUCACGAAUAGCAAUACGCCACUUUUCUGCCUUACAGUCACCGAGUUGUCGAGUGACCACGUCCCCGUUACAAUCACCCUUAGGAAAGUUAUUCAAGAUACUCUUAGCAAGAAAACAAACUGGAAUAUUUUCAAAUAUUCUUUUGCUAGAUGAUUUGCAAAUCCUUUCUAACGCUAUAGAAGAUCAAUUUCAACUGAAUUGAAUUCACCCAAGUAACGACGAAGAUUAUGAAAAAGCAAACAAGACUCAUGAAAAUUAUUUAAAUAAUAGCAGCUCUGGCCCUAUACAUUUGGUCAACCAGGCCGACAUAAUCAGUAAUAUAAAUAAAUUGAACAACAGAAAGGUCACCUGGAGAAGCAAUGUUAAUAACACAUUAUGAUGAAACAUCUAUCAAUAAAUCAAAUUAAUAACCUAUGUUCUUGAAAUAUAAUAUCUUCCCCGAUAAUUGGAAAAAUGUUACCAUCAUUCUUAUCCCGAAACCAGGGAAAGACAGUAGAAUUGCCACUAAUUUCAGACCGAUAAGUCUUAUUCCAACAUUCGAGAAAAUCCCUGAAAGAAUAUUAUUACAGAACAGUUCAUGGUGGAGGAGAAGUGUGUAGCUUCUGUUGGUACUAGGUUCUGUUGGUGUCUGUAGUACCAUGGACUCCCGAGGGAAGAAGUAUGACUUCGUCCGUUGCCUUUAUUCCGGUAACGGUUUCACGGAUGGAAGUAAAUUUGAUAAUGGCAACAUUGGUAGUGGUGUUGUCAUAAAAAACCAAGAUGACGUUACAAAAAUUAAAAGGCGUAACCCAAACCAUUGUUCAGUUUUCAGAUCAGAACUAAUCGCCACAAACGCGGAUCUAGAACACAUGAUUUCCAUUGAGAGUACAGAGAAUAUCUGGAUUUUCACGGAUAGUAAGAGCUCAGUUCAAUACCUGAGUAAUUGGCAAAACAUCAGUGACAGAAUUGGCCUAAAUAUCAUCGACAAUUUGAUGACUUACUCUUAUCACAAUGAUAUACAUCUUCAGUGGAUCCCCUCCCACGUGAACCUUCACUUUAAUGAUCUGGCCGAUGAACUGGCCAAGGAGGGCACCAAUGAUCCAAUAGAUAGUAGUGGCCUUCUAACAUACAAUGAAAUCUAUGCAAAAGUAAAGGCCGACAAUAAUAGGACUUGGAGGAUUCCACCUAGUCGUGAAUGGUAUCAACAAAAUAGUCCUGGGGCUGCCCUGGAGCUAAAAGGUGAUAGGAAAUUACAGACAGCUAUCACAAGACUAAUCACUGGUCAUACCCGCGGACUAACAUUUGUUCAGGGUCAAAAGACGUUUCCUGUAUGCCUAAAAUGUAGUGCUCACUAGGCUUCACCUGAUCAUUUGCUGACCUGUAUGGGACUGGAGAAAAAUUUUAUUUUGGAGGAUCCGCAGAUGGUGUUUGAUUUUCUGUCGGUGAACGGUCUCUUGGACUUGGUCUAGCCUUGUUCUGGGCCAAGAGGAAUAAGUACCACCACCAUAUUAUUACAGAGAUUCCUGGCACAUAUGACAGCCCGGUCAGGAACUGUUAAACUAAUACUCAGAUGAAGAAGCUUGAGACGCUUCAAAAUAAGCUUUCACGCAGAAUGAGAUCUUAAUAUCGACAGUAUAAGUGAAUUUAGCAGCAAACUGAGCUUCUUCUACAUUC